AUGUCGAGAUAUGGCUGGUCUCUCAACCGCGAGCAGAGCUCACCCUACGGCUCCGUGUCGGGCCGCAUGCCGGCCGUGACGGACGACGACUUCAGCUACAUCACAUCGCGGGACCUCGACGCCGGCGAACGCCACUACCCCAGGCGACGCUCGACGCCCGAGGAUGACAUCCUCAUCCUCAAGAACAAGGGAGCCACCUACCCCGCCAACUUCCCCGCCUAUUCCAUCGGAGAUGGGAAGCUGCGUGUCAACGAUGUCCGGGACCGCAUCGGCUUGCUGAUGGGCUUGUCGGAUCGAGCCACGCGGCGCAUAAAGCUGCUGUACAAGGGCAAGCAGCUGAAGGAGCCCGCCGCCGCCGUCCGCGAUUACGGAGUCAAGAACAGGAGCGAGCUCAUGGCCGUGCUCCCUGAAGCCGCCCCCGACGACGCCGUCAUCGCCGACGUCUCCCCCGACGACGCCAAGUCGCGUCGUCGGAAGAAGAAGAAGAGCGGCAAGAAGAGGGACAGCAAGGGCGAGGGCGACUCGGCGAGCAGCCCAUGCGACGCUCCACGUGCCGGUAGCAGCAGUGGCCCGAUGAAGCGCAUCGAGGAGCUGCACGACGAGUUUGUCGCCAAAUGGCUGCCUCUCUGCACCCAGUACACCGCGUCGCCACCGUCGGACCCCAAGACUCGUGACGAGGAGCAUCGGAGACUCUCCGAGUCGAUAUUGCAGAGCAUACUGCUGAAGCUCGACGGCGUAGAUACCGAGGGCAUUCCCGAGGUGAGGGCGAGGAGGAAAGAGCUGGUGAAUCAGGUGCAGGGUGUGCUCAAGGCUUUAGACGCGGCCAAGGCUUCGUAG